CGGGUCCUCAGAGCUGCCAUCAUGUCUGAUCGGAAGAAGAGAGGCAGCAGCCGGGGCACAGUCACCUGCAAAAGAGACAGUAUUACUUCUCCACCUGCCAGAAGAUCUGGAAGAAAUUCACUCAACAAAUCUACAGAUAGCCCGAAACCUACACCAGUUAUGAAGGUAUUGAUCACAGCUAAGAAAAUCAUGCCCAGGAAGACUCUGGCUGCCCUUGCUUCUGCUGAAUCUCAACCCAAAACUACCUCCACUGUACAACAACCGACUACUGCUGUAGCCACUCCUCAGUCUACCCCUAAGGUUUCCAGUGGUGUUACACCUGCUCUAAGGAGAAGCUCAAGGAUUUCACCAAACUCUGAAAAGGAAAACACAGUCAAUGACAAAUCUCAAGAUGUCCAUAAUAAAGCUACAGAUCAGUCGCUUGUUUCUAAAAUAGAUGUCCUGUCUCCAAUCCCCCUGAACAUCCCUCAGUCUCCCUCCUAUGAUGACAGAGCAAAAGUUAUGUCUCAGAAAGUGCGACGUUCCUACAGCCGCUUGGAAAUGUCCAUGUGCGGCGGCUCAUUUCUCUACAGUCCCAACAGGGACACAGACUCCUCAGAUACUUCCACUCCAAACCCAGCCCCAAAAGCAGGGCGUAGGUCUCUUUUUGGAUUUGAUAAUCUUCUUACUUCUGAAAGCCCGGAGGAAGAAGCGGAGCAAAAGAGAGAUGAAGAAAAAAGAAAACAGACAAAUAUAGAAAGUGUAAUUGGAAAGUCAAUCAGACUGUCUGUGGAAGAACCAGAUCCUAAUAUUCCUGGAGUACCAUUGGCCAAGCAGAAAAGGAGGAAACGGAAGGCUCCCCAAAUAGAGAAAUCUGAUCUUGAUGAAUGGGCUGCUACCCUGAAUGCCCAGUUUGAAGAAGCUGAAAAAUUUGAUCUAGUAGUGGAGUGACAGAAACCAGGACUGUCUUCUAUGGACCUUCUCUUGUACAUACAUUUCCUAUAGAGCUUUAGAUGUAUCUGUAUUUCUUA